UAGGAAUAGCAUUUAGGAUAAUGUUUACGUAACCAAAUAAUUGUUUUCUCGUUGAAAACAAUGCAAUCUUUGACACUUUGAUAUUGUUUUUUUUGUGUUUUUCCGAAACGAUUAUGGCCAAAUAAUUCUAUGAUGAGUAAUCCGAAAAAACCGUGUGCCAUUCCAUUAAAUAAUGAUGCCGAAAAUUUAAAAGUAACUUCUAUUGUCGACAAAAAUAACCAUGGAUCUUCGAAUCAUUCCAUUCAUCGAAAAAACUAUCCGCUUCGAAUCGAUACAAUUAAUCGCACAAAAUUGGAUACAUCAUAUGAUUCCAUCAUGAACGAAUUGAUUCCCUAUCCAUUCAGUUGUAUUUCAACAAUAAUUGAAAAAGUUAACAAAGAUGGAACAACUAUUAACCCGAAUAAUGUCGAAUUAACGACAAAGAAAAGAUAUAGGAAAAAGAGAAAUUCACUACAUAAACAACCAAGUCAAUCAACAAUUAGUCAAUCUAGUCAUGAUACUGUAGAUGGUGAAUCAAUCGCAUCGAUAUCAUCAUUUUGCCAUAACAACUUAGCUAGUCAUGAAAUAGAAAAUAGCCAAAAUUCAAGUUUCAAUAAUAAUCAAUCAUUUGAUCAAUUGGAUAUAAGUAAUAUAGUCAAACGUCUUUGUGAAAAAUCUGAUCAAUCGACGCAGACAAAUCCGGUAAUUUCAAUGGUUGAGAAAUGUAAUCAAUAUGUUCAGGCAAACAUUCCAUUGAAUUCGGGUGAUACCAUUCGAAUCGAACAACAACAAUCGAAUCAAGCGUUGCGUAACCAGAUCAAUCAAUUGACCUACAUAAUUGAAGAAAUGUCAAAAGAACGAUCAAAUCGUGAUCUUCACAUGCAUCAAUUGCAAAAACAAUUGAUAAUGAUGGAAAAACGAAUCAAAGAAUUUGAAAAUGAAAAACAACAACAAUUGAAUAAUGAACAAUCGGAAUUGAGAAAAACACCAGUAGUGACCAAAACAGAUGAGACGAUUAUGGUUGCUUACCAGCAAGAGAUUUCAAUAAUAAAAUUGGAAAAUGAACAGCUCAAACAACGAUUAAAUGAAAUGAUUGCCAUUCAACAUGAAAAUUCAAAACUGAUCAACCAAAAAGAUGAUAUUAUAAAUAAUAUGACUAUUCAUAUGAAUGCAUAUCAACAGGAAAAUAAUCGUCUCAAUAAUGAACUAUCACGGUAUAAUCAGCAGCCGAUCGACAAGAUCGAAAUAGAUGAUAAUAAUAGAAAAAUACCAUAUGAACAAAUGAAAGACAAUGUAAUGGUGAUUCAUGAAAAACAUGAAGGUUUUAAGUUGAAAAAAGAUGCCAUUUUAUUAUUUAAACAUCGAUUGUAUUCUAUUCAAAAUGAUUGUCGACUAUUACAACAACAAUUGAAUGAAUUACGAACAACAGCGGUAAAUAACAAUAAAAUCUUUGUGGAAAAACUUUUAACCGAACAAUUAUCCAACACUUUGAUGCUACAAUUUAAUGAAAUCAAAUCCGAAACAAGUCGUUUGAAACGAUUGAAUGAACAAUUGUUACAAGAAAAAUUGCAUGAAAAAGAUCGAAAUAUUCAACUUAAUUGUGAAUUUCAAUCGUGUCUAAGCCAUUUACGAAAUGAAAAUGAACAUCUCAAACAAAUGAACAUUGGACUCGAAAAUAAAUCAAAAACAUUUCAAAAUCAAAUGGAUGAAUUGCGACAAGAAUAUGAUAAUAGUUUAGGGCAAAUAAAUGAAUGCAAUCAUACAAUCAAAGAAUUAUAUGAUAAAAUAACCAAUUAUGAGAUAGGAAAACAACGCGAAUUGGAAAUUCAACAAGAAAUUUUUGAACUCAAAGAACUUGUUGUCAAAAUGGAAGAAAGUAAUCAGACUUUGAAAUCAAAACAUGAACAAUUAUUAUUACAAUGUGAAAAAUAUACAUCUGAAAUCAAUGAAAACCGAACGGAUAUUGAAAGAUUAACAAAACAAAAUCUUGCUUUACACGAAGAAAAUGAAAAAUAUCGAAAGAAAAUUGAUUCAGUGCCACAGCAAUCAGAUGAUAAUAUUAUUAACGAUCGAAACAUUAAUGCCAUUUCGCCUCAAGAUGAUCUUCAUACAACAACUGUACAUUAUGAUUAUCAUCGUAAUAAUAAUGAUAAUGAUGAUGAUUACAAUAUUAAUGAUGACAUCAAACAAGUAAUCAUGCAAAAAGAAUCAAUCAUACGUGAACAAGACAUAAAAUUAAUUGAAUUAGGCAAACAAAUUGAAUGUUUAUGUUGUGAACGAUCAGAAUUAGAGAAUCGAAUCAAUCAAUCAAUACAAUCAUCACAAUUAAAGGAAAUGGAAAUCAAACGAUUAAAUAUGGCCAUGAAUGAUCAUAAUAACGGCAAUCAACAAAUUGAUCAGCGUAUAUUAUUACUUGAAACAGAAUUGGCGAAAGAAAAAGAACGUUCCAAAGGAUUGAGUUUGGCGUUGGCGAAGGAAAAACUUCAAUCAUCAUCAUCGAAGAAUUUGGUUGAAAAUUUAAGCCAUCAGCAACAACAAACAAGUGUAAGCAAUGAAAAUUUGGAACAUUCAUCACCGCAACAACAACAACAACAGCAAAAACCAUUGAUCAAAUUACAUUCCAGUGUUAAUGAAUUGAAGAAAGAAUUCCAAAAUUUUAAAAUAAUAUUUCAACAAACGUACAACCAUCAUCAAUCAUCAUAGUCAUCAUUCGUAACAAUUCAAAGUGCCUUUGAUAAUUAAUUUAAA